UUUCAGGCACUGGACGAGUACGACAUUCAGCCGGAUUUGCCGCAGGCAUUGCGAUUGCUGGACGAAAUGAACAACAACUUCAAGCAGGUGUCCGAUCUGGUAGGCAACAUGCUGCAACGGGUGAAAACGGGCGAACUAUCGACCGAGUACGGGUUAAACUUUCUCGAAAUCAAGUACCAUAUGCUGCUGAACUAUCUCAUCAACCUGACGUACGUGGUGCUGCGAAAAUGCGCUGGACACCGAAUCGAGAAGGAUCCAUCGAUCGACCGGUUGAUUGAAAUUCGAACCGUGCUGGAAAAGAUCCGACCCAUCGACUACAAACUACGUUAUCAGAUCGACAAGCUGGUAAAGACGGCAGUUACGGGCAGCAGUACCAGCACAUCCGAUCCUACCGCGUUCCGUGCAAACCCGGCCAACCUUAUGUCACAGAUGCCGGCACCGGGAGAAGAGGCCGGUGCAGGCAGCACGGCAGCUGGUGAGGAUGGCGGUCCCGAUACGGACGAGGGUGCCGAUUCGGACAGUUCCGCCAUGGUGAUGCUGAAGUUAAAGCGCGCCAAGGAAGCGGCCAAAAAAGGAGGAGCAGGUGUCCGUGGUGGCGGUGGGGAUCGUGAUGACGGUGCAGCACGACGUAGCAAAUCGGAUGUGUACGUGCCACCGAAGCUGACAUCGAUGCCUUACGAGGAAGAUACGAAGGCGGAUCGGGCACGAAAGCAGCUGGAGCGAGCAAAAAAGCAUGCCCUCGGUUCGUCACUGAUACAGGAUCUGAAGGACGAGUAUCUGGACACACCGGUUGAGCUGUCUAGCAGUUCCCGUGCGCAGCAGAUACUAUCGCGACGUGAGCGCGAACGAGAGGAGUACGAGGAGACGUAUCUUACGCGCCUACCGGUUACGAAAGCGGACAAACACCGCAGCAGGAAGCUAACGACACUUGCUUCACUGGGCGACGAAUUGACCAGCUUCACUGAUAUAAGCGUGCUCAACGAAGACUAUCCUUCAACGUCGGCGGGUAGUGCUGGUGGCGGCAAAAAACGUAAAGCUGGAAAAGUGAAUAAAAAACACGGUAAGAAGCGUCGCUUCCGUUAA